AUGGUCUCUCCUGGCCUGUACCUGUCACGUCGAGGACCACGCCUCUGCCCCUGGGGUCCUUCCCAGGACCUCCUGGCUGAGCCUCUUUCCCCCCCUCAGGCCCUGCGGUUUCUCCAGAAGAAUUCCUCCAGGUACCACUUCAGACGCACCAAGAUGCUGCCUGUGAGCAGCGGCUUCCACACCCGCCUCAUGGGGCCCGCUGUGCAGCCCCUGGCACAGGUUUUAAAGACAGUGGCCAUCAGGAAGCCGCUGGUGGCCGUCUACUCUAACGUCAGCAGGAGCAGGUACCUCCACCCCACGCACAUCCGGCAGCUGCUGGGGCAGCAGGUGGUGUCCCCAGUGAAGUGGGAGCAGACCAUGCACGCCAUAUACGAGAGGAGGAGGGGCACCGAGUUCCCCAGCACGUGGGAAGUGGGCCCUGGCCAGCAGCUGGGGAGCAUCCUGAGGAGCUGUAACCUGAAGGCCUGGAAGGGCUACAGCCACGUGGACGUGCUGCGGGCCAGCGAGGACCUGGACGCGGACCUGGACCCCAGCGAGUCUCCCCGGUGACUGCUAGGGGCUCGAGACCCUGGGCAGAGCCGGUGAGCUGGGCCGGCCCUCCCCGCCGCCGGCUGCCCCGGGAUGGAGAGGGAAGGUGGGCCCGUGUCCAGGGCCAUGUGAGGAGCACUGAGAGGGGGGGUUCUUUCCAUGAUGCACCCCACUCCUCCUCCUCGUGAAGACCAAGGCCACCUGGGCACUGGGUACCUGCAGAGCUGGAUGCCUGCCGCCCCUUCAGCCAGGCAGGGUUUGCCCCUGCCCUGUGGAUGCUGAGGACACGCCAGCAUGGCUUCAGCCAGGCCGGAGCCAGAGGGGCCCUGCACUGCCCUGCAGCCUGCCAGUCACCCGGGGCCAAACUCCUGGCUCCUUUGUCCCUGAAUCUAACAGGCUUAGGAUCUAAGUGACCUUGGCAGCCACACUUCCCACCCCUCACUCAACUGCAUUCCUAUAGCCAGGGAGCACAUGUUAAGUCCUGCCAUGUGCCAGAGAGCAGGUGGCCUGGGCCCUGGCAGAGCUCCCUGAGCAAGCUGGGCACUGUGGUGAGCUGAGGCAGGGAGGACAGCUGGGCCCUGACCCCCCCAGCGAGCCCCAACCUCUUUAUGAAGUGCCAUCCAUGGUCACACUGGUCACUGUCUGUGGCCCCAGGAGCCGAGCAAGACUCUCUGAUGUCCAGCUGUGCAAGCUGACAUUAAAUACCAGCCACUCUGAGCUCUGCA